AGAGAAGAGCAGAGGAUAAUGAGCUGUGUUGUGUGUUUACGUUUCCCUUCAGGCUCAACGUGACAAGAGGACUGACUCUGGCGGCGGUCGGAACUCCGGAGGGCGUCACCUGACCACCCACGCCUGCCAUCACAUUCACCACAGCAAGGAAGGCGUCAGGAGCAGGGAGGCAGCGUCAUAUUGCAGAGUGGAAGGGUUGAUUCGUGAAGCUCAAUGUUCGGUGUGGUCCUCAGCGCCGUGGUAUGUGGCCUGGUGCCCUACCUGGUGAUCCGCGCCCUGUGGUGCCACUUCAACCCCAAGAGGCAACACCUGCAGGGGAAACACGUCCUGGUGACGGGCGGGUCGAGUGGCAUCGGGCUGAGCGUGGCGCGUCAGGUGGCACUGCUUGGAGCCAAGGUGACUCUGGUGGCCAGGAAUGUGGAGAGACUGCAGAAGGCCAAGGAGGAGGUGGAGAGUGUUUGUGCCAAGCUGAAGGGCGAUGGCAGCAGCAGCAGCAAUAGGGUACAGGUCUUUUCAGUGGACUUGGCUGGGAGACGAGAGAACAUUGCCACGGCCAUCAAGGAGGCCGAAGCAAGUCAGGGGCCAGUGUACAUGCUGGUCAACUGUGCCGGGUUUGCCAGAGCUCAGGUAUUUGAGGACAUCCCACAGAGCCUUGUCAAGGAGCUGAUUGAUGUGAACUUGAUGGGGUCGUUCACAGUGACGCAGGAGGUGGUGCGGGGCAUGAAGCAGCGGGCUGAGGGAGGUGCUGUGGUGUUCACCUCGUCACAGGGCGGACUGGUUGGCCUGUAUGGGUUCACAGCCUACUCUGCUGCCAAGGCUGCUGUGGUCAAGCUGGCUGAGGCCCUGCACAUGGAGCUGAAGCCACACGGGAUAACAGUGACAGUGUGUUACCCGCCGGACACUCAGACACCAGGCUUCGAGGAGGAGAACAAGACCAAGCCAGUGGAGACACGGCUCAUCUCGGAGGCUGCUGGACUCUUCACGCCAGAGCAGGUGGCCAAGAAGCUGGUGGAUGACGCACUGCAAGGAAACUUCAGCAGCACAGUAGGAUUUGAGGGCUUCAUGCUGACUACUCUGUGUGCCGGCAUGGGUCCCAUCACCGACUCCCUGUCACUCUUGUCACAGGUGUUCCUAACUGGACUGUUCCGCCUCAUCUCGGCCUUCUACCUGUGGAGCUUCUCAAACCUCAUCCGCAGGGAGCACGAGAAGAAGAUUGCAGCCGCCAGCAGAACCAAGGCAGAGUAACGGUGUCUGGUUCUGUCCACUGGGCUGUGAUUGGUAGCCUCAGUAAAGUAAUCGAGUGAAAUGCAUGCAGUGGGAGGUGAAUUAAUAAAGGCAACAGAGGAAGGCAACGAUAGUGUAGUGUUAAGUAAACCCCUGCAUUGUGUUGAUGUAUUUUUGCUAUCAGAGAAAUAGGAUUGAUAAGACAGAAUCGAAAAAUCAUAUGAAGAUCAGCCACCACAUCUGUUCCUUGGGAUGGAUUAGGUGUUGGCUAUGUCACUAUAUAUAUUCCAAGCUAACCUAACCUAAUGUAACUUAACUUAACCUAACCC